AUGUUUAAUUUCUCCCCUGUUCUCCUCCUUUCUCUGUUUCUGCUACUUAACUCCGCUCUCGCCGAUCCUCGAGCCACCGAAGCGGCUCUGAUAUGCACAAACGACACGGCUCUGACCUCACAAAGACAGUCCUUCAUAGCCAACUUCUUGGCAGCUCUCGACACGCUGACGCCCCUCAUUUCCCGCCAAAAAUACGCUGCCGUCGUCAACGGCACCGGAAACACCACCGUCUACGCUUUCGGAGAGUGCAUGAGAGAUCUUUCUAAAACAGACUGCGACCUCUGCUUUGCUCAGUGCAAGACGCAGAUUCUGAGGUGCCUUCCGUUUCAAAAGGCCACUCUUGGGGGUAGGCUUUUCUUUGACGGCUGUUAUCUCCGGUACGACGACUUCGAUUUCUUUAAUCAGAGCUUGAGCACCGAAGACAAGAGUGUCUGUGGGGUUAACAGCUUUGUUGGGAACCAAACAGUGUUUAAAGCUAAUGCAUUGGAAUUGGUGAAGAAUUUGAGCGUGGAAGCUACUAGGAAUGAUGGGUUCUUUGUUGGGUCUGUGAAUAAGGGGAAUGUGACGGUUUAUGGGUUGGCUCAGUGUUGGGAAUCGGUGAAUGGAUCUGCUUGUGAGAAGUGUUUGAGUGACACAGUCAUUAGAAUAGGGUCGUGUCCUCCGAAAGAAGAAGGGAGGGUCUUGAAUGCUGGCUGUUACUUGAGGUAUUCGACCCAGAAGUUUUAUAACAACAAUACCGAGACCAGUGAUGGAAAUGGAGGACACAAUCACUUGGGUAUGAUUUUGGCUGUAACAUCUGCUGCAUUUGCUCUUAUGCUGGCUAUUUCCGCCUUUGCUUUCUUGACAAGGAAGAAAUUGGUGAAGAAGAGGAAAGAAAAGAAGCAACUAGGUGCUCUGUUGUCCAUAGUGAACAAGUCCCAACUCAAUUAUUCAUAUGAAGUACUUGAAAAUGCCACCAAUUACUUCCAUGAUUCUAACAAGCUGGGACAAGGAGGAUCUGGUUCAGUUUACAAAGGAGUUUUGCCAGAUGGAAAGGUUGUUGCCAUAAAGAGGUUGUUCUUCAAUACAAGACAAUGGGUGGAUCAUUUCUUCAAUGAAGUCAAUUUGAUCAGUGGAAUCCAUCACAAAAAUCUUGUAAAGCUAUUGGGAUGCAGCAUUACAGGCCCUGAAAGCCUUCUUGUUUAUGAGUAUGUUCCAAAUCAAAGCCUUCAUGAUUAUUUUAGUGUGAAAAAUAAUCUUGAGCCACUAAGGUGGGAACUGAGGUCUAAGAUCAUAUUGGGGACAGCUGAGGGCUUGGCAUAUCUACAUGAAGAAUCCAAAGUGAGAAUCAUUCAUAGGGAUAUAAAGUUGAGCAACAUCCUGCUCGAUGAGAACUUCAUGCCAAAGAUUGCAGAUUUUGGACUUGCUAGAUUAUUUCCUGAAGAUAAAACCCACAUUAGUACUGCCAUUGCAGGCACAUUAGGUUAUAUGGCUCCUGAAUAUGUCACUCGUGGCAAGUUGACGGAGAAGGCAGACGUUUACAGUUUUGGAGUUCUUGUCAUUGAAAUCAUAUCUGGGAAGAGGAUCAAUAGCUUUGCAUCAAAUUCUGUUUCUAUCCUACAGGCGGUUUGGGUCCUGUAUGGAUCAGAUCAGCUAUGUAAUGCAGUUGAUCCAGUUCUAGAGGGUAACUUCAUAAAUAAUGAAGCAUCUCAAUUGCUCCAAGUUGGACUACUUUGUGUACAAGCCUCUGCAGAGCUACGACCAUCAAUGCCAUUAGUAGUGAAAAUGCUCACCAAUCAAAAUCUUGAAAUUCCUCGGCCAACACAGCCACCAUUUCUCAAUUCUGGUAGUGCAGAAUACAGCAAACGUAUUCCUUCUGGGACUUCCAAUUCGCAGCCUGAGUCUCACACACAUUCUUCAAGGAACAGUAUGACACAAAGCUGGAUUGAGCCUAGAUGAGCUACCGUACAAGAGAUUCAGUCUCCACCAACAUUUAAAGAAGAGAUGUUCAAGUAAUGCACUUGCUGAAACAACGCCAUCGAACCAUUGAUAUGAGAUGAUGAUUGAUUCAACUCUGCAGCUUCCAGAGUCUGCAGAAUUCUGGAUUACAAAUCAAAUUUUGUACACUUUAUAGUUUAUAUGUUGUCACAACAUCGAUAGAGCAGAAAGAAAUGCCUACAUCAUGUAUACUGUAUUAUGUAAAUAUGUUUUACUACAUCUCAGUGUGACAGUUCUUGUAGGAUAAGUACUUGUGUCUUAAUCAAAAUCAGCAAGUAAAUCAAUUAGGCC